GACAUCUGCACCGUCAAUUGGCCGCCCGCUUCUCAUUUUCGCUUACCGCCUUUCGACCUCGAUUUGCUGUCCGCGAAACACAUCGCUACUUGCGCCAGCCCAUCAUUUUCUGAAACUCGAACGCCCAUACAAGUCUUCGAUUUCUCCUUUAUAUACUCGCCGCGAUCGUCAUCUCGUCGGGGGACACAUUUACUUGUUGCACUCCCGCGACCCACGACCGCGAUUCUGCCCUGCGCCGCACGAAAUCAGAUGGCAACGGGCUGCCACGAGACCCGCCACGACUAGGAAAACAAGCGCCAGUAACAUCAACACCACGUGUUAACAAGUCAUCCCAUCUUCGACCGACGCGGAGAAAUUUCAUCUGGUUCAAGGCCGAAUCACGACGGGUGCCGGGAACAGCCACGCCGGUUGGCUUCCGCAAGCUGUUCCAUUAUAGCACAUUAUCGACAACUUCCGCUCAUCACAUCAAUCGAGAGCCAUGCCAAGCUUUAAUAACAACAGGUCGGGGGAAAGCGACUUUACAGAAUUCCUAAACUGCGAUGGAUAUCAGCCCUGGUCGAACCAAGAAGCUCCCGAUGGCGCCCUUGCUGGUGCCGACUUCAACAUGAACCAGGCAUGCAUCUUCGACUCGGACGACAUGAGUCCCGGUGCCAGUCUUUACGGCGCAUCACAGUUCACGGAAGCCUCACACUUUACGGCCGAGAACACCCCGUUCGAUCUCGAUCAGCAACUAGACGAGAAUUAUCAAGACGGCUACCGAUCACCGCAGAUGCAGUUCGCUUCGCCAGAUGUUCAGAUGAGCCCGGAGUCCGCACCCGCCACAUCAAGAAACUCGCUAUCUUCGUCAUCGACAUCGAUGGACAGUCUCACUAUUGACCCUUCCGAUAUUAAGCCGACCGAGGUCACACCAGCACACACCAACGAAUUCAUGGCCAGUCCGUACGACAACAGUCCCAGCCCAGUUGCUUCAAUGCGAGAUGCAUUAUCACCACAAAACCCACGCAAUCCACAGCCUUUGAUGCCAUACGUAGCGCCUGAACAAGCUCAGAGGCAUUACUCCAUGAUACAGCCCGAUGCUAUGGUAACCGAUGGUCCACAAGAACAAGCUUCGGGGAUAAACAUGGCGACUGCCCAACACAUGUCGCAAGUGAUCCCGGGGCCAGUUGCCAACCUACAGAUGCAUGGCUUGCCAACGCAGUUCAUUGUACCGCCCUCGCACUGGCCGGCGGCAUUUACCUAUAGUAUGCCACAUAUGCCUGAUGGUCGUGGCAUUUCCUUCAUGCCGCACGGGAUGCCCAUGAAUAUUCCCCAGAUGCCUAGCGGCUUUGGCGGUCCUCCGUAUCACCUGGACGUUUUAUUGAUGGACCGGAUGCGGAAGAAAGACGGAUCUGGAAACGCCAACGGAGAAGUCGAGAUCCCCAAAAUGAGAGUUGAGACACAAGCCAAGUACAGACUCGCUCUCUUUCCUCUUCCUCACGGCGUCAAGAAGCUUCAUCUUCCAACGCAGUACAUCAGCAAGGUCAAGCAAAUGGCUCGACCUCUUCCACCGCCAUCGCCGGAGAGACUGGAGUUGCACGCCGUCGUUGUUUGCACGAGCGCAAUGGAGAACCCCGAUCUGAAGAAGAAGGCUCUAAUGCGAGCCCGCUUAGGUGCGCAACGUCAAGUCAAGGGGGAACCAAAGCCGGAUACCGACGAUGAGCUGCCGGGCCACGAUGGUGGCGAGAUUCGAAUCUGUCAAAAGUGUAUCAGGCGUGAGUCGAAGCGAGCUGGACGCAAGAAGGUAAAAAAUGUGGAGGAAGAUGAAUAUUGGCGAUCCUUCGAAUCGGACAGGAUCAUUGUGUUCAACGCUGCCGAGAUUCAGGAGUGGCAUGAGCCAAAGCCUGAAGAAGUGAACGCCUACCACGUGGAAUUCUACAUCAGAAUAGCGUGUUAUGGCCGGCACCACAACGACAAGAAGAAAGGUUUCCAGGUCAUUUUCACUAUCGUCGACCACGAGGGCACCUACAUUGCCCAACAGCUUUCUUCCCCGAUCGUCAUUACCGAUGAUCACAAGACGCGAGACUCUCCGCAAGUGGACGACGAGUUUAUUCCGGACCAACCGCAGAAUGGCACUGUUAACCCUCCUGCUUCGAACGGACGGCCCACCCCUCCUCCUCCUUCUCACGAAAUUCAACCACUGAAGCGCAAGCAGCCCACUGCUGUACCUCCGGUUGCCGUUACUACGCCUAACCAAGAGAUCUCUCAGCCCCCAUCACCGAUCAGGCCCAUCACAACUUCGAGCAAAAAGAGAAGAGUUGGCAAUCUUACCAUGACACCGGUUGAAGCGAUCGCCCCAAUGCCCCCACAACAAGUUUCCAACGCGGCGGCGGUGGCUAAACCAGCCUCAUCAGCCUCGUCAGCCUUUGUCCCGCCAGUUCAGAGGCACUUUUCCCGGCCUUCGGACGCGAGCCAACAGCAGUUUAACCCACCACCCCUUGCUACUGGCGCAGCAACGAUGUCGUAUACUGGCGGCUCGCCGCCUUCAACCGAUAAUAACGAUCAAGCAAUGUUCACCUUGCCCGGCAACCAAGGUCUCAACUUCUUCGCCAAUCCCACAUCUGGAAACCCAAGUCGCGCUCAGAGCCCAAGUCAUUGGCAAAACACCAAUGGCGUCAAUUUGCUGAGCCCACUUAUGCGGUCAGCAGUGGGCAGCCCAUUCGCGACGGCGCCGGCACCAGCUCCCGCACCGGUUGCUAAUCCAAUGCCUUCUGCGGAGGCUCCCGUUCCGGUCAAACUGUUCAAGGUAAUCCCGCAUCAAGGAUCGGUGGAUGGCGGAUUUGAAGUUACAGUGCUAGGUGGCGGCUUUUCCCAGGGCAUUGUAGUUAUGUUUGGCGGGCGGCAGGCCACGACGACGACGUACUGGGGAGCAGAAUCUUUGGUGUGUCUGGUACCCCCGAGCGACACACCUGGCAAGGUCCAGGUUACCUUCAAGAAUCACCAGGUACGCGGCCAACCGGUGUACUUCGAAUAUAUCGAUACGAGGUCCGACGAACUGGCCAAGUCUGCGCUUGCCUGCUUGGCCCAGAAAAUGGGCAAAGAUGUCAACUCCUUCGCGAACGACCUCAUUCAAAACUUCAACAACGAGAGUUCUGGCUCUUCUGCCUCCGGUGCUCCUACCUAUAACCACGGACACUUCGAGAACUACCUUCUCAACGUUAUUGAGGCGAUUGAUUUGGACGACACUCCGAACAGCAAGCCAAAAUGGAAUCUUCCUAACAGUGCCACCGGAAAGACCAUGCUACAUCUGGCCUGCUCUCUUGGUCUCCGCCGGUUCACUGCAGGCCUCUUGGCUAGGGGCGCGAACCCUGAUAGCCGGGACAAUGGCGGUUAUACCCCUCUCCACAUGGCUUCUCUUAAUGGCCAUGCUGAGAUUGUACGGCUUUUGAUUGCUCAUGGUGCUGACCACACGCUCCGGACCUUAUCCGGUUUCACGGCCGCGGACGUGGCCAAGACGACAGAGGUUGCCCAGCGUCUUGCCACUAGCCGACUACACAGCAGGUCCCUCAGCCUUGGAUCACUACCUAGCCGGGCUACCAGUACCAGCAGCUUCACGUCACUCCAGCAGACGACGGCAGCCAUGUCGUCCUUGGCCCUCGAGAGGCCGGUCAGCGAGUCUACAGAGCCGGAAGAUUCUUCGGAGUUCACCUCAGAUGUCGAGGAUUCUUCGGAGGACAGCGAGUCGACUGAUGGUGACGAUGAACCCGUUCUCGAAAUGCGCCGUAACAGCAUCGCAUCGCCACCAGCAGCCGAUGAGAAUGUUUCUGAGCGGCAACGACCCCUUGUUGAUGGUCUUGGUCCUGCUGCUGCUGUUAACGCUAUCAUGGCUCAAAUACAGCAGUUGCAACAGACAGCAAUGCUUCACUUCCAGAACUUCCCCCAGCUACCGUUCAUGCUACCUCCAGUAGUACAUUACAUGCCAGCGUUGCCUGGUUACCAGACAGCCCAACGUCUUGCGGCCACUGUCGUCCCAGGAAUUACCGGACCAAGGCCAGAACCAAAAGCCACGCAAACAACGCCCCCGCCGCCUGUCUCGAAGGAAUCUGCAGGCUGGUUCAACAGGAGCAAUAACAAUAACUCUGUUCCUCCGCCCUCCUAUGAUGAGAGCUGUGGCAAGGGUCAGAGCGGGUUCCCAGAUGAAAAGCAGGCGUCAAUUGCGAUGGCUGCGGCCGAGGCUGCAGCAGACGAGAAGUGUGCGGCUAUGUUUGAUCAAGCCGGUAGCAGCAGCAUGACGAUAGAGGCGGCGGGAGCCACGACACUCGCAGUGGAAAUCGACGAGGAGACGGAGAUUGAUGAGGAGGUCGAAGUAGAAGCGUCGCCAGAGCUACCCGUCAUGCUUGAAAUCGGUCGCAAGAAUGCCAUCACCAAGGAGCAGCAGGAGAACCUCCGCAGGGCGCAUUCCGUGAAGAAGAAGGAGCUGAGUAGGGAUAGGAACCUCUAUCUCAUCUGGAUCCCUCUUCUCCUCGUCACGCUUUUCGCAACGGUCUUCAACGAGCACCACUCUAUCUGGCACUUUUUGCAGAUGGCUCUGGAGUACCUAUUUGGGAGUACACAGCCGCUGGAGAAUCAGGCACCCCAGACAGUGAUCGGACAGCCACAGCCACUUCAGCUAUUGCAGGAGCCAGUGGGGGUAUGAAAGGGGGUUCAUUAAACAUCGAGCGGAAGUAUUUGGCGUCCUUUUGCUUUUAUUUCUUUUCAUGUCGCCGGGGACCUUUUCCGUCUUUAAGGUUGAUAGAUUUUUGUACAGCAUUCGUUAUGGCAAUACCCUUCUCCCUGUAUGGACUGGUAGCAUGCUCCCGACUUGCUCACUCACACUUGCACUUGCUCUAUACAUGUAAAUCACAUAUACACUUCAGAUGGAGUCUGGGAUAAACAGUGGUGGACUGGGAAGAAGGGCUGACUGGAGGAGGAAGGG